GUGAAUAAUGUCAAAAAUAGAUCCACUUUUAAAACUGAGAUAGAAAUAAUAAAGAGAGAUGUAACAUCUCAUGGAAUAUGAGAAAUAAUUAAGAGAUAAGGAAAUUAGAAAUUCGCAACUGUUGAUGAAAAAAAAAGAAAAACUCUCAGACAUAUCCAUGAAAUAGUUGAAAUUCAAGGAAGAUUUAAAGCAUAAAGCUGAACAGAAAAGGAUGGAAUUCGAGAAAAAUUUAAGUCAAGCUAAAAUGAUCGAAUUAGAGUAAUUAAAAGUAAAGAUAUAUUUUAUAAUUAUAGCAAUCACAACUUCAAGUUAAAAAAACCAUUGAAACAGUUGUAAAGUUUGAAAAUGAAUAUUAAAAAGAAUAAUUGGAUGUCUUACUUAAAAAGAAAUCGGAACACAAUCAUUAAAUUGAAUAAGUUUUGGAAAAUAAAAAACAAAUAGAAAACAAGAAGUUAAAAGAGUUAAGUCAAUCUUUAGAUGCAAAAUUUAAAUCUUCACAAGAAGUAAAUAUGUCACUAAUUUUAACAUAGUUAUAAGAGAAUUUGAACAAGCAAUUAAGUGACAGGUAGAAGUAAGAAUAAUAAAAAUUAUAAACAUAUUUCAAGUAAGUUGAAGAAUAAUAAUAAAAUUUAUAAAAAGAGAGAAUGAAAAAGGGAGAAAUGUUUGAUGAAAAACUUGAUAAAGUGGAAAAGUUGAAAUAAGAAAAAGAAAAAGAAUUGAAAGAAAGAUAAAGGCUGAGAUUAGAAGCUGAUAAAUAAAAAGAAUUGUUAUCUAAAGAAUUUUAGGAAGAAAUUGUGGUAAUUAAUUAACAAUAUCUUUAAGAAAAUGUAAAAGUCAAAUUUUCGCAAGUAGAUUUCAACAUGAACA